AUGGCCACCAUCAAGGCGAUCGAGGCCCGAACGGUCCAUCAAAUCCAGUCUGGUCAGGUGAUCGUUGACCUCUGUUCUGUCGUGAAGGAGUUGGUGGAGAACAGCGUCGAUGCAGGAGCGACAAAUAUUGAGGUUCGCUUCAAAAACCAGGGUCUGGACUUGAUUGAGGUUCAGGACAAUGGUGCCGGUAUAUCGCCAGAGAACUAUGAGACAUUGGCCUUGAAGCAUUACACCUCCAAGCUCUCAACGUAUGAAGAUCUCACCUCGCUACAGACCUUUGGUUUCCGAGGUGAAGCUCUGUCUUCCCUCUGUGCACUAUCAAAAUUCUCGGUCACCACCUGCUUGGCUUCGGACGCGCCAAAGGGAUCCAAGCUCGAGUUUGAGACAUCCGGGAAGCUCCGAGGAACCGCUGUCGUUGCAGCCCAGAAAGGUACCACCAUGACAAUCGAAGGUCUCUUCAAUAACCUUCCAGUACGUCGUCGGGAGCUCGAGCGAAACAUCAAGAAAGAAUGGAACAGGGUCAUUGGCGUGCUCAACCAGUAUGCUUGCAUCCUCACUGGAGUAAAGUUCUCCGUCUCGCAGCAGCCGAACAAGGGAAAGAAGAUUGUUUUGUUCUCUACCAAAGGCAACAGUACGACGCGUGAAAACAUUGUUAAUGUGUUUGGGGCCAAGACAUUAACUGUGCUCAUACCUCUCCAGUUGGAGUUGGAGCUUGAGCCCACCAGUGGGCCAAGCCAACACCGGAAUACCCGGGGGGAUGAAGACAGUACCAAGGAGGUAAAGAUUAAGGGUCAUGUAUCACGUCCUGCUCAUGGAGAAGGACGGCAGACACCGGAUCGACAGAUGUUCUUCGUGAAUGGACGACCUUGUGGCUUGCCGCAAUUUGCCAAGGCUUUCAACGAGGUCUACAAGUCGUAUAAUUCGUCUCAGUCGCCCUUUAUCUUUGCAGACAUUCAACUCGAUACCCACAUGUAUGAUGUAAAUGUCAGCCCGGAUAAGCGGACAAUCCUACUACACGACCAGUCUCGACUGCUCGAUAAUUUGAGGGAGUCGCUGAUUGCGUUGUUCGAGGCGCAGGAUUAUUCUGUGCCACAAUCGCAACUUGGAGGGCCCAAGCAAACACCAUUUAGGAAGCUUACUAUGAGUCGCCAGAGCACAAUCGAAAGCGACAAAACGAGCACAAGAAGCCCUUCUGUCGGCGUUCAGGGGGCAGUCAAGACUGGCCAAACCGGUCCACGGUCUGCUGCAGAAACAACUGGAGAUCAAGAUGUGGAGGAUGCCGAAGAAAAUGACGAUGUCGCGCUUGGAGGCAGCAACAUGCUGGGCGAGUCACCGGCAGGAACAUAUCAGGCCACCAAACUGAUGAGUCGAUGGCUCGACAAAAAGUCUGAUGCCCGCGCAGAUUCUACCACGAAGGUGUCUCCGCCGGCGCCCAACAACCGACAGGGAGAGCUAUCUAGAUCCAAGGAAAGAGUCGUUUCCAGGUUUUCACAUGCCGACCAGGAUGCAGAGAACGAGGAUGACGUGGAUGAUGAUGCCGAUACCGAUGCGACCGAGACUUCACUGCCAACUAACCGUGCCCCCAGUCGAGUAGCUGAUUUCAAUGCGCACAUGGCAGAGUUGAACGAGUCGACCAGAGCCUCAGCAGGAGAGGGAGAAGAUCAGGGUUCCUGCACAGCUGAACCCCGCAUUCCCAGUAUCUCUACGCCUUCUCGUACGUCAGAUAUGAGAACUAUGAAGUUGAGUCCGAGGUUCAAACGCACAGCCCCAGAAGUAGCCACCAUUACCAUCGGCAACGAUACUGUCACCAGUGUUAUAGGCUCACCUGCCAAAAGGAUGCGAACAGAAACGCCAAGGGAAAAGGGCUCUACAGGACAACACACUGCCUCCAAGGGAACUGCACCCAUACCCUCAUUUCAAGGCCGUCUCACACAGAUGUUUUCCGCAUCAAGCACCUCGCGAGGACGAGGCGAGAAAGUCGAAAUUAUCACUGGCCUGGUGGAUGGUCCCCAUAGGUCUCGCUCCCCUAGCGAGGAAAGCGAGGGCUUGUUUGUACAAAACGCAUCUGACCUUGAUGAAGUGGACGAAUCUGGUGGAAGCAACGAUGCGGGCUCGCCAUUCCGGCAAGAGUUAACGCAAGAUGCCGAUGAGGAGGCUGAUUCUCAUAUGUUAACCUCUCCUGUUGACGAAGAAGUAGUCAUGGAUGAUGCCAACGAGUCUGGCACGCCAGCUCCAUCUGAGCAUAGUGACGGAGAGUAUAUAGAUGAGGAUGACAAGAAGGCGCAGGAAGAAGAUAAGGUCCGGGAGAUGAUCGAUGCUGCCGAAGACGCCACGAAAGCGACGUCAGAGGAGAUGCAAAAGCGGCAGCAGAGUUUUGUCAAGGGUUUGAUGAAGCGGAAGGACGGAACACGCCAGCUGCUUCAGAGAGUCCGCCUAGAUGAGGAUAUCAUCCGGUCUAGCAGUGCCUCCUUGGCAGAUUCUCUCACAAAGUCCACCGCUAGCACCACCACCGACUUUCCGGAAGACAAUCUUGAUGCUGAUGAUGCAGAAGAGAAGUUGUCGCUUACCAUCUCAAAGACAGACUUCGGCAAGAUGAAGAUUGUUGGCCAGUUCAACCUGGGCUUCAUCUUGGCUGUGCGCCCAGCGGAAGCGAAUCCAGACGACGCCAAUGAUCGGCAUGCCAUGGACGAUGAAUUAUUCAUCAUUGACCAGCACGCGACAGAUGAGAAGUACAAUUUCGAAAGACUGCAGGCCACUACUGUCGUUCAAUCGCAGAGAUUGGUGCAGCCGAAAGCCCUCGAGCUCACCGCUAUCGAGGAAGAAGUCAUCAAGGAGAACAUUGAGGCACUGGAAAACAAUGGCUUCAUGGUCAGCAUAGAUGAAAGCGGAUAUCAACCCGUGGGUUCUCGAUGUCAGUUGCUUAGUCUGCCACUGAGUCGAGAGACUACAUUUACACUAGCCGAUCUCGAGGAGUUGAUUUCACUCUUGACGGACCAUCAGUCAACGUCAGCAAACACCAUACCGCGGCCCUCCAAGGUGCGAAAGAUGUUUGCCAUGCGAGCCUGUCGCAGCAGUGUCAUGAUUGGCAAGUCAUUGGCAAAUAAGCAGAUGGAGAAGCUUGUCAGGCACAUGGGCGAACUGGACAAACCUUGGAAUUGUCCGCAUGGACGUCCGACAAUGAGACACCUCUGUGGACUCGGCGCGUGGAACGAGUCGAUCUGGCAGGAAGGGGACGGGCUUGGCGGUGAAGAGGGCAGACCUACAAAUUGGGCUGCUUAUUUAAGGGAUAAUCGCGACACAUAG